CCGACCAUGUCUUCCUCCCCCGCCCGCGACGACAAGCCCGCCCCCGCAAAGAAGCCCGCGCCCAGGCCCAGGGCCGCCGCCGCCAAGCCCCCCGCAGACCACAAGUUUGACAUCGGCGACAUCGUCCUCGCCCGUCUCCGGGGAUACCCUCCCUGGCCUGCCCGGAUUGCCAACCCCGAGACCCUGCCGCGCAACGUCCUCAAGACACGGCCUGGGAAGAACCCGAACCUGUACUGCUGCCAGUUCUUCCCCGCCGGCGACUUCUCCUGGCUCCAGAACAAGGACAUCAAGGCCCUUUCCGCGUCCGACAUCUCCUCCUUCCUCGCCCAGCCACACCGUAAAUCGUCCGGCGGCCUCCGCGAAGCCUACCAGACCGCACAGGACCCCACGGAAUGGGAUGCCCAGCAGGAAGAGAUCCACAAGCAGCAGGAAGAGGCCGAGGCGAACGUGGACGAGCUCGAGGAUGAGGACGAGGCCGAGGUUGUCGUAAAGGCUGGAAAGAGAAAGCGGGAAGAGCCCAAGAGGAAAAAGGCCGCCAAGAAGGAGGAAGAGCCAAAGCCGAAAAAGGCCAAGGCGGUGUCCAAGGCGGUGUCCAAGGCGGGAGAUAAAAAGGCAGUUUCCAAGACCGAGGUCGAUGAAGACCCUCUGGCGAGCGACCCAGAGUGUGUAAAGGUGAAGGACUGGAGACACAAGCUGCAAAAGGCGUUUUUGGGAGAGUCUAUGCCUGCCGAACCUGAAAUGUCCCACUGGAACGAAGUGUUUGAGUCUAUCGAGUCUUACGACUCGAUGACAAUAGAAGCGCUUCAGUACUCCAAGAUUGGCAAGGUCAUGAAGAAGAUUAUGGGCCUCACCACUAUUCCCCUGAACGACAAGUAUGAUUUCACCAGGCGUGCUGGAAAGCUUAUGCACCAGUGGCAAGAAUUCAUCGAUGCUGCUAACCGAGGACGUGUGACCAACGGUCAAAAAAAGUCUGCUCGCCCCCCCUCCGCCCCCUCCGCCGCCGCCACCGCCGCUGAAGAAGAGACGCCCGCCAAGGAGGACAAGCCUGCUGACGAGACGCCCGCCGAGGAGAAAAAGGAAGAGUCUGCCGAGCCGGUGGCGGAGAAGAAGGAAGAGUCUGCCGAGCCGGUGACGGAAAAGAAGGAAGAGUCGGCCGAGCUCGUGACGGAGGGGAAAAUGGAGCUCGACGAAAAGGAAAAAGAGGCUGCUGCUGAAGAGCCCGCCGCGGCUGAAAAGACGGAAGAGGUGGGGGCGGGGGCGGGGGAAGAGGCAGAGGCGGCAGAAGCUCCCGAACCUGAAGCCGCCGAGAAACCAGAGGCCAACGGCGAGGACAAGAUGCAAGUCGACGCAUAAAACGCAUGGAAAUCUUUUCAUUUGGGGAGAAUAUUUCUUAUCAUCAUCGGGACGAAUAUCAUUUUUUUUUUAGCAAGACAAAAACAGUCAAAACCGCAAGUGGCAAGGAAUAAAGAGGUUGAGAUUCAAAAGUUUUUUUUUUUUUUUUGUAAUUCCUCGGAUCGGCCUAGCGCACGAUUAGGAUUUGGGACCAGUAGUCGUAUUCUGGGAAUACCCUGUCGUUUUUGUUUUUAUUCUAUUCCCUCUUUUCUUCACACCUCGAUCUGUUCGAUCUUGCUGGUCUUUUUAUUCUUUUUUUUAUUCUUUUUUUAAUCUUUUACUCUUAUUUGAGAAAUUGAGAGAGCAAACCUUGCCACGACUGUUUACCGUUCUUGUCCUAU